AUGGGCUCUGAGAAGAUGUUAGAGAUGGCCACACUUGGCAGACCGUUUAGCCUUGGGAUGCUGUAUGACCGCCGCCAAGACAUACUUAUUCCUGGAUUAACACUGUGGGACUGUGAUGGCUUGGAAAAGGACAAAACAGAAAAUUCACAACCAAACAGUGAGUUUGAGAUAGUUGCUUCAGAAUCCAUUGAGGACAAAAUUUCCGCCCUGAAUGUUGAAGCCUCAUUAAAGGCAAGUUUUUUGGGUGGACUGGUUAAAGUUGAAGGAUCAGCAAAAUACCUCAAUGAUCAGAGAACAUCCAAGAAUCAAGCCAGAGUAACCCUAAAAUACAAAACCACAACAAAAUUUCAAGCACUGUCAAUGAAUCAUCUUGGAAGAGGCAACGUUAAACAUCCAUAUGUUUUUGACCAAAAAAUAGCAACACAUGUGGUCGCGGGCAUUCUAUAUGGAGCUCAAGCAUUUUUUGUCUUUGAACAAGAAAAAUCGGAUACAGAAAGUCAUCAAGACAUCCAGGGCAACUUAAAAGUUAUGAUUGAGAAGAUUCCAUGUCUUUCUAUUGAAGGUAAAGGUUCUUUAAAUCUGGAAGAUAAGGACAUUGAAAAAAUACGAAAGUUCUCUUGCAAAUUCCAUGGAGAUUUUCUACUGGAGAAAACUCCAACAACCUUUCAGGAUGCAGUAGAAGUCUACCAAAGCCUGCCCAAGUUGCUUGGUGCCAGUGGAGAAAAUGCUGUACCAAUCAAGGUCUGGCUGUUGCCUCUUACAAUUUUAGAUUCUUCUGCUGCUAAACUUGUUCGUGAGAUAAGUGUAGGUUUAAUUCAAGAAGUACAAGGUGUCCUGGAGGAGUUAGGUGAGCUGGAAAUAAGGUGCAAUGAUGCAAUAAGGAACAUCACCACACAGCAGUUUCCACAGAUAAGUAAAAAACUUAAACAUUUUAAAAAUAUGUGCUCUGAGUUCAGGCUUGGAUUUCAACAAACAUUAGCAAAGAAACUUCCAUCUAUCCGAGGAGGAGGGGAGGAGGAAUCUGAGCUUAUAGAAGUUUUGAAGAUGAAGAUUUCUUCACCUUUCAAUGGCAAAAACCUCAAUCAGUGGAUGGACUGUAAAGACAGAGAAAUUUACAUCCUUAAAUCUUUUACCAGGAAAAUGAAAAACACCAAAAUCAUCCCAUCACAAAGUAGCCUUCAUGAGGAGCUUUUUAGUGCAGACCAUGCUUUGUGUUUUGUCUUCACAUCACUGGAGAGACAUGAACCAUACCUCUCUGCAAUGUUCAAUUACCUCAAAGGAAGAACUGAGACAGAUGAGUCCCAUACUUAUGAUGUGGAAAAGGAACAGUGGUAUCUCUCAAGGAGCUUGACAGAUGAGAUAAGAACAAAAGUAAAACUCUUUACGGAUUUUGCAGAAGCCAACCAAGAGAACACAAACAUAAAGUUCCUGGCUGUAGGUUUAACAGAUAAUAAACAUGAAGGCUCAACCAUUUACCUUUACAAAGACUGUUUCCCUAUCAGUGAGAAUUUUGAGCCUCCUUCAAAACCUGAAAGUGUGACAGCAGUUGACAUAAACCAUGCCAGUGUGACCCUGAACAUUUCUCCACCCUUAUUUGGAGCAAAGCACAUCACCUCCUACUCUGUUGAGUACUGUGUGAGUGGAGAAAAUGAAUGGGAACAAAAAAUAGAAUCAAUAACUGCAGAAAUCACAGUGAGCCACCUGAAGCCAAACUCUGAGUACCUGUUCAGAUGCAGAGCAGUAACCUACGCAGGGGUAGGACCAGCCAAUUUAAUCUCUAAUCCAAUUAAGACUCUACCCUGCAGUCCUCCUGAAAAAUCUGCAGGGGCCUUGGAGGAGGACGCCGUCUCUGCCUCAGCAGGAAGCACCGAGGAAGACGUCGUCUCUGGUUCUGCAGGAAGCACCGAGGAAGACGCCGUCUCUGCUGCUGCAGGAAGCACCGAGGAAGACGCCGUCUCUGCUUCAGCAGGAAGCUCCGAAGAGGACGCCCUCUCUGCUGCUGCAGCUCAGCAACAGGCUCCGACUUGGUCACCCACUGUGGCUCUGGAACAGGAACUGAGGAGGCCGUCGAUUGCGGCUCCGCAUCAGGAACUGAGGAGGCCGUCGAUUGCGGCUCCGCAUCAGGAACUGAGGAGGCCGUCGAUUGUGGCUCCGCAUCAGGAACACCGGAAGCCACCGACUGGACAGAGGAGACCACCGAUUGUGGCUCCACAGGAACACAGGAGGCUGCCAAUUGCGGCUCCGGAUCAGGAACAGAUGAGGCCGACGAUUGAGGCUCCACCCCAGGAGAACCGGAAGCCGCCGAUUGCGGUUCCGAGUCAGGAACUGAAGAGGCCGCCCAUUGCGGCUUCGCAUCAGGAGCAGAGGAAACCACCGAUUGUGGCUCCACAGGGACACAGGAGGCUGCCGAUUGCGGCUCCGGAUCAGGAACAGAAGAGGCCGCCCAUUGCGGCUUCGCAUCAGGAACACCGGAAGCCACCGACUGAUGUUUUUGGACGGGACAUUUUCCCUUCUCCUCCAGAACUGGACCGCGCGUACCGCAGUCUGGCUCCCAAACCAGGCUCUGGUGGCAGGCCUCGGCCUGUCACUAUUUGCUUUCAUCGGUACCAAAACAAGGAGCUAGUGAUCCGGGAGGCCAGGAAAAGGGGAACUUUAAUGUACCAAAACAAUCCUUUCAGAAUCUACGAGGACUACAGCCCCGAGGUGGUCAGUCAAAGGAAGAAAUACGCAGCGGUUAUGUCAGUUCUGUACGGGUUGGGACUGAAAACUUCGCUACUGUAUCCUGCCCGGCUUCGGAUUGUCAAUACAGACGGUACACGCGUCGCACUCGGCUCGGUCGCAGAGGCUGAGAAGUUUGCUCAAGACUUUAAGAAAUCGUGA